GAAGACUUCAGAGAAAGCUAGACAACAUACUUCUCACCUGAUGGAGAAUUUAGGAGCAAAGGAUUAUUAACAAUGAAUAGAGAUAUAAUAAACUUUUUCACAUGGGUCACUCUGGUCCUGCUAACCACAAUCACAAACAGCAGUGCUACAAAUUCAAAUACCACUAAUGAUCCUUGUAACAACUACACUGCUCUGGAUCAACCCUGGAGAGCCACUAAUGCAACUGGACUGUACAUCUGUGAUGGCUACUUCAUCUGGAAUGGCUGGUAUCGGCUGCUGUAUUAUGGGAUGAAUGUCCGUAUGCCAGAGAGCCGUGUUGAGAUGAACACAUGUGGUAGUGCAAUUGCUCUGUAUCUUAAUGGUGCUCACCCUCAGAUAGCAGAUGGAAUAGUCACUCGUGGGCUCUGUGGGAGUUUAGAAAGUAACUCCUGUUACUGGUCCAUGUCAAUUCAACUUAAAGCAUGUCCAGGAAACUAUUAUGUCUAUGAGUUUAAACCAACUCCCUGCCUUGGAGCUUACUGUGCAGAUGUGAACACCGUCACUCCAACUGUUGCCCCAACAACUGUGACCAGUGUUGCUGCAUCUAUGAACACUACAGACACUGCAAACAUCACUUUUGACCCCUGCAAUGUCUACAGUGUUCUUGACAAUGACUGGAGAAAACCAGACAGUGUGUGGUACAAUGGCUACAGAGGUUCUGAUGACACUUUUGUUGAAUGGAAUGGCUGGUAUCGGCUGUAUCUUCGGGGAAAAAAUGCUCAGAUUCCUGAAUCUGAUUGGUGUGCGAGUUACAUGGCUUGUGGUAGUUGCACUGCACUUUUUCUUGGAGGAUCUCAUCCUGUACCACAGGACGGCAUCGUUACCCGAGACAUCUAUGGAUCCUACGGUAAUUUGUUUGACAGUAAACAGUGCAUUUCAAGCUUGAGGUCAAACCCAAUCCAAGUCAAAGCCUGUCCAGGAAAUUACUACGUCUACAGACUCGUCAAGCCAGCUGUAUCACUUCCAAUGCCCACAUACUGUGCAGUUGCUUUGGACACUCCCAGUUAUGAUCCCUGUAAUAACUACACCUCUCUGGAUCAACCCUGGAGAGCCACUAAUGAGACUGGAGGGUCCAACUGUGAUGGAAACAACAUCUGGGCUGGCUGGUAUCGGCUACUGUAUAACGGGAUGAGCGUCCGUAUGGCAGACAGCUGUGUUAUUCGAUCCAGAUGUGGCGCUGAUUUCACACUAUGGCUGAAUGGUUCUCACCCUCAGAUAGAGAAUGGAAUAGUCGCUCGUGGAGUCUGUGGGAUGUCAGGAAGUGACUGUUGUUACUACAGAUCCAUCCCAAUUCGAGUGAAAGCAUGUCCAGGAAAUUACUACGUCUAUGAGUUUGUCAGGCCAACUGUUUUCUGCUAUGUAGCUUAUUGUGCAGAUAUGAGCACCACCACAGCAAUUUCUACCACAACAACAGCUGCCAUUAGCACUCCACUGCCCACGACUCCAACUGCUGUUAAUGAUCCCUGCAACAACUACACUUCUCUGGAUCAACCCUGGAGAGCUACUAAUGCAACUGGACUGUACAUCUGUGACUCCAACUUUAAUGGAAAUGCCUGGUAUCGGCUGCUGUACUAUGGAAUGAGCAUCCGUAUGCCAGAGCGCUGUAUUGGUCGAUCCAUGUGUGGAACUAAUGUUGCUCUGUGCCUCAAUGGUUCUCAUCCUCAGAUAGAGGAUGGAAUAGUCACUCGUGGGGUCUGUGGGAGUUCAGGAAGUGACUGCUGUUCUUUAACUUACACACCAAUUCGAGUUAAAGCUUGUCCAGGAAACUAUUACGUCUAUGAGUUUGUCAGGCCAGCUUCCUGCGAUGCAGUUUACUGUGCAGAUGUGAAUACCAUCACUCCAAACAUCGGCUUGACCACUGUGACCAGAACUCCUGCAUCAAGUGUAAACACCACAGACCCUCUACAAAACAUUACUUUUGACCCCUGCAAUGUCUCCAGCAGUCUUAAUAAUAACUGGAGAAGAGAACACAGUUUGUUCUAUGACAGCUCCAGUAGUUUUGAUGACACUCUUGUUGAAUGGAACGGCUGGUAUCGGCUGUAUCUGCAGGGAAAAAGUGCACAGAUUCCUGAAUCUGAUUGGUGUGCAAGUUACAUGUCCUGUGGUGGUUGCACUGCACUUUUACUUGGUGGAUCUCAUCCUGUACCACAGAACGGCAUCGUCACCCGAGAGAUCUAUGGAUUUUUUAGUGAUAGGACUAACAGCAAACAGUGCAUUUCAAGUUUGAGAUCAAACCCCAUCCAAGUCAAAGCCUGCCCAGGAAAUUACUACGUCUACAGACUCGUCAAGCCACCUAUAUCACUUCCAAUGCCCACAUACUGUGCAGUAUAUGCAGUUGAAAGCUGGGUAGAUACAGCAGGUUGUCUGUUGUCGGAUCAGAAAGCAAGGUCUCCAUAA